AGUGCAAUGGCUCCUCUCCCAUCUCUCGUGUUUGUUGCGUUCUCUGCUUCCUUCGAAGGCCUUCGCCUCGGCGAUCCCUCUCCCCGAUUCCGUUUGCCCCCGAGUGCAAUUGCGGAUUCGGAUCCCAUGCUCCCCUCUUGUUGAGCCUUCGGUGGAACUUUGCGGUGUGUGAUUUGGUGCUCCGUGACUCUGGUGGUGCGGAUAGUGUUAUUUGGUAUGGUUCCACGGUUUCGUCCUUUUUCGUUACACAGGGGUGGUUCCUGUGGAUUGUUGCAUUUUACUGCUUCGGAUGCUGCAUUUUCCAACGGUUUGCUGUUGUUGGGUGGAAUGCUAAGUAGCCUCGUCUUAGCAUGGUUUUUGUAGCUUGAUGUUGUUGGUGAUCGAUUGGUGAGAAACGAGUUUCUUUUUAAAAGGCUGAACGUGUCCACUUAUUUUCAAUCAAAAUGGCCUCCAACGGAAACGGAAACGCGUCACAUGAUUUCGAAUUUGCGAGCUCUCACGUCCCCAACGGUCUUUCUAAAAUCAACACUAAACCUGGAGAGCCAGACAUGUGCAAAGAUGACACUUCGUCGACGGUAAAGGUGUCAAACCUUGAACAGCUGCACGCAUUGCAGAAGAAGAAAGCGUCUGCUCCGACUACGCCACGCAACGCUACAAACCCAUCUACACCCAAGAACUUGACUCCUCGUGCCUACUUAUCAGAGGAAGAACGUCAGAAGCAGCAGAUGCAGUCUGUUAGUGCAUCCUUGGCUUCUCUGACUCGUCAAAGCGGUCCUCAAGUUAUCAAGGGCGAACCAGGCAGAAAGAAAUCUCCUCCCAAGACUGUGACUGCUCCCAGGCUGGACAUUAGUGACAGCGCUCUGAAGUUCACACACGUCCUCUACAACCUGUCUCCUUCUGAGUUGUACGAGCAAGCUAUUAAGUUCGAGAAGGGCUCAUUCAUUACCUCGAGUGGAGCUCUUGCUACACUUUCUGGAGCUAAGACUGGGCGAUCUCCCAAGGACAAACGUGUGGUGAAAGAAGAGACAUCCAAGGAUGACUUGUGGUGGGGAAGGGGUUCUCCAAAUAUCGAAAUGGACGAGGAGACAUUCUUGGUCAAUCGUGAGAGGGCAGUUGACUACCUGAACUCAUUGGAGAAGGUUUUUGUAAAUGACCAGUUCCUGAACUGGGACCCUCAGAACCGAAUUAAAGUCCGGAUCAUAUCAGCCCGUGCUUAUCAUUCGCUUUUUAUGCACAAUAUGUGCAUUCGCCCUACACCUGAGGAGCUCGAAGACUUUGGAACUCCUGAUUUUACAAUUUACAAUGCCGGACAAUUUCCUUGCAACCGUUACACCCACUACAUGUCGUCGUCAACUAGCAUAGAUCUGAACCUGAAACGCAAAGAGAUGGUGAUUUUGGGGACACAAUAUGCCGGAGAGAUGAAGAAGGGACUUUUCAGUCUUAUGCACUACUUGAUGCCCAAAAGAGGCAUUUUGUCGUUGCAUUCUGGUUGCAACAUGGGAAAGGAAGGGGAUGUGGCAUUAUUUUUUGGAUUAUCAGGCUGGUAUGAUAUGUUUGUCGCAGGUACUGGGAAGACGACUCUGUCAACUGAUCCUAACCGGCAGCUUAUUGGUGAUGAUGAGCAUUGCUGGAGUGACAACGGAGUUUCAAAUAUUGAGGGAGGAUGCUAUGCAAAAUGCAUCGAUCUUUCUAAAGAAAAGGAGCCGGAAAUCUGGAAUGCAAUCAAGUUUGGAACCGUGCUAGAAAAUGUGGUCUUUGAGGAGCACUACAGGGAGGUUGAUUACACCGAUAAAUCUGUGACCGAGAACACAAGGGCCGCAUACCCUAUUGAGUACAUUCCCAACGUCAGGUUACCAUGCGUUGGACCUCAUCCAAAGAACAUCAUCUUGCUUUCGUGUGAUGCUUUUGGUGUCUUACCACCUGUGAGCAAAUUGACACAUGCUCAAACCAUGUAUCACUUCAUCAGUGGCUACACUGCCUUGGUUGCAGGAACUGUGGAGGGCGUGAAAGAGCCUACGGCCACAUUCUCAGCAUGCUUUGGAGCUGCUUUCAUUAUGCUGCACCCCACUAAGUAUGCCACCAUGUUAGCGGAGAAGAUGCAGCGACAUGGAGCUACUGCAUGGUUGGUCAACACCGGCUGGUCCGGCGGCAGCUAUGGUGUCGGAUCAAGAAUGAAACUCGCAUAUACGAGGAAGAUCAUUAAUGCUAUUCAUGACGGGUCAUUGUUGGGCGCUAAUUAUGCGCAAACUCCAAUUUUCAACCUGGCUGUGCCAACUGCGGUCAACGGGGUUCCAAGUGAAAUCUUGCAGCCACAGAAUGCGUGGUCAGACAAGACGCAAUACGAUGCUACUCUGAAAAAGCUCGCAGGUCUUUUUCAGAAGAAUUUUGAGAUUUAUGCUGAUUACCAAGUUGGUGGAAACAGCCAGCUUACGCAGCAGAUUCUUGCAGCUGGGCCUGUUUUACAGUAGAGACGAGACCGCUGUAUGUGUGGAAUGAUUUGGAGAUCAGACGGAAGUCUGUGAAUCCUCAUGUAGGGGAUUUUUCUCCACCGGCAGAGGUUUGGAUACAGUUCAAGGUGGAUGAUUAACAUCUAGAAUAGAUAAGUUAAGGUGGAUUAAGCCCUUCUGGGGAUAUAUUUUUUACUACUGAGGUUCGGUAGCAAUUUUUCAUUGAGACUCUGUCUAUAGUCCACUCCUGUGUAUUAUGUGAUCUCUUGGUCUAAUAAGACGACUGCAACACUUCAGUAUGACAUUCUUUGGA